AUGGAAACACAAGAAGAAGAAAACCAAACACAAAACCAAAGUCAAAGUCAACAACAAAAAAUUUCAACACGAGUCAAAACGAAAGUUGAGGUUGGAGAUUUGAUGGAUGAGAUGACUGGUCUUCCUCGACUAAAAAAACUUAUAGAUAAUUUUCUUGUGGACCAAAACACAGAUCCAAUGAAAAAUAUAGAAAAUUUACUAGACUUGUAUAAAGCAUGGGCACGGUCAGUCAGACCCGGAAUUCCAUUCGAAGAAAUUCUUUCGCAGUUUUACAGACUUGGCAAAAACGAAAUAAUUGUUGAUUGGUUGAGGAAUAACGAAGGUUUGGAACGAAUGGAAGAGGAGGAACUCAAUUUUGAAGGAGAAAACAACGAAGAGGUUGGAACGGAGAACAUUGAGGAGAUUGAAAAGGACGAAGAAGAGAGAAAUUCACAAAACGAAAAAAUAAAAGAAGAAAAAAAAGAGGAGCUUGAUGAUAUUUUCGAUGUGGAUGGCGAUGCCAAAAAAUGA